UACAUGCGACCAUUAUUUGUACAAUUACGAUUAGUAAAACUCGCCAAUUUUUGAGCCGUUGAUCCACUUCCGGUUUUGGAUUCACCAUUGAAAAAGAAAAAGGGUGCAAAUAUUAAUCACAGAUAUCAUGAUCGCGAUCAACUUUGUGGAUAUUCUCGGUAUCUCGUUGCUGUUGCACUUUAGUUUCAGCCUACUACUGUUGAUCGUUUUGGUCCCACUUCUGUUACUCGUUUAUCCGGUAUUAACAUGGUCAAGAAAGAGUUGGAUACGUUUUGUAAAAUGGAAAUAUCCAAAUGUGAUCGUCGUAGAAGAGAACAAUAUUCGUACAAUUCUAGAUAAAUUUCGGAAUCAUGGAAUUUAUACUUUAUUGAUUCAAGGCCGUUCAAUUGCGGAAAGCAUUCGUGCUCAUUUAAUACAUUUGACUUCGUCCAGAAGAUUUCUUCGUGCAGGCUUAUCUACGCGAUGGGGUCUUUAUGUAUGGAAGGAUCUUGAUUAUUUUUCCGUGGACAAUCAUUUGUUAAAUUCACCGUGUUUAUACAGAGGUCGACCUAUUACAGAAUCCAACAUUCAGGAUUACGUGAGUGAUCUCACAUCGAAAUUUUUUCCACCAGAACAACCACCAUGGCAAGUGCACGUAAUAAACUGUUUCUUUCGUGGCGAAGAGUAUCAAAUCUGUUUAGUGAGAGUCCAUCAUUUACUUCUACGACAAGAACACUUAGUCUUAGCUGAUUUUCUUCCAUUAAGAUAUUGUUCCGAUAUUUGGGAAUGCGAAAAAGUGAAUUCUCCUUUCACGAAUCUUUAUUCCGAGCCAUCGGCACUUCCGAAACUUUAUCAGAAUCUCACGGAAAGUUUCAGUAAUUAUUGGAACGAAUUUUUAUAUAAUAACGACCCAAACAAAAGACCGGAAAUUUUGAAGAAACAAAUUGAUAUUCUGCAAUGUUGUAAAAUCAGUGUGAUAGUUUUAUUUUCUUCGAUGAAAGAGAUAAAAAGGAAAUACGGAAAAGGAGAAGAUUUCAAGUUUCUCGAUAUUUUCUCCAUAUUUCAACGAGAAGCUAAGAAACGAAAUAUCGAGCAGAUCGUGUUUUUACAUGCCUUAUUAAAAUCUUUGAAUCCUUUUAAAUUUUUGUCUAAUCUUGUUCUGUGGUGUUGGUACUUAACAAUCAUAUUCAUAUUAAAAACACCGAUUCUCUUUGCUCGAGAGUUACAAGCCUUAAAAUCGCCUUACAAACAUUAUUAUCCGGAUACUUUAAUUUCCACGUUAUGGUAUUAUGUUCCUCUAAUAUAUUGUGCCACUAUGGAAGUAUUAUCUAUUAUGUGGAUCGCGAUAAAGGCACCGAAAAUUAUCUUUGAGGAAUUGUUUUUGAAAUACGUACAUGUGAGUCGACUUCAAACUAUAUCUUCUUGUGGACGAAAAGUGGUUGCAUGGUCGGAGGAGGUCGAACUCGAUAUUCUUCGAAAAAUUUCCAUUAUGACAGGUGCGACAGAAGCUGAAAUUUUGUUGGCCGCAACUGUAGAUGCUCUCAAAAAAUAUUUCCGUCAUUCUGGUGUUAGAAUACCGGAUGAUGUAUUCGCUACUGGAAAGUUCGUCAGACAAAGAACGAUAUUUGUACAAAAUCACGAAACCAGAGGUAUUUUGUGCCUUGCACUUCCUACGAAAACUUCGUUGUUCGAGGAUGAUUUGGUUGAAAUUUUGCAGAUUAUUCAAAAAAAUGUGCGUGAGGCAAGAUCAAAGCAAAAUGCGUUAUAUGCAAUUACGGCGGCAGAAGAGUCCUACGGAUUAAUUUCUUCUUGUUUACCUUCCUUAUUACUUAAAGUGAUGCUAAAUCAUUUAACGAGAAGAUAUUCCCUUUCUUUAACACACAUCGAUGGAAAUCUCGUUAUAGAAGGCGUCGAUGCGGUGAUGUAUUGGAGACCACCUCAAGGCAAUUGUAAUAUGUCGAUAAGUCUACACAAAUAUGGAAGUGGUGUACGAUUAGGUGUGAUGGCUGACGCGUUAAUUGGUCCCGAGCAUGCAAUCAUUACAAGAACUUUUCCAAAAAGUGUGGAGAAUCUCGCUAAUGUAGUUGGUGUUCCUAGAAUUCCGAGCAGAAGUCCAAUUCAGAAUCUAGCACUUAAUCCAAGCACUUCACCGGGAUAUUAAAAAUGUAUCGAGAUUGUACAAAAUAAAUAAGGUUCUAAUUUCUAAUCGA